AUGCGUCCCUCGUCGACGACGAGAAGGGACCUUCAGCCGGUGGUCACUCUGGGAAAGGCUGUAGCUCAAUGCAAACCUCAAGCUCAAGUGUAUGGCGCAUGCAUAUUGGCAUCCUACGAAUCCGUGGACCGCAACAUGUGCCAAAAGGAAUUUGAAAAGUUCAAAGAUUGUGUGCAGACCAAAGUGAGUCGA